AUGUGGCAUGUGGCUCAGCAACGUGAUGUGAUGCAGUAUGGCAAGCUGGAGGAGAUUGUGACCAUUGUGACAGAAAUGGUUCCAGAGCUGCUGACUUCCAGGCAGAGGACCCAACUCAUCCUGGGAUUGAGAACGAGGAUGGUUUUAGAGAUGUUUCGCUGUGAAAACCCACCGGGUCCCCAGACCAUCCAGACUAAUUUGGAUAUAAUCAAAGUUUCUACAGUAACAGUACCCUCCACGGCCAUGAACAACAGUCCACAGUGUAGAAAUGAGUUGGAGUUGGAGGCUGCAGAGUCUAACUUUGUGGAGCUGGUCCAAACACUGCUAGAAAACCCUUCUGAGAGGGAACACUUCUUCUCACAAAACACCAGUGACAUUCAGGUGCAUAUUUAUACACAUCCACAGGUGUUAUCUGGCAUAGCAAUCACAUCCAAUGUCUUAUUCACUAAUUAAAUGAUUUAUUAUAUUACACUUAUUGUAUGCUGGACAAUCUGUUUUCUCAGGAGGUGUUCUCAGUGCGUUACUUUCCUCUGUAUGAUACAGCACUACAGAUACUGGUGUGGCAGUUCCUCUCCAGACUGGAGGAGCUGCUGCCUGUAGCAGACCUCCAUCAGAUAGCCUCCUAUCUCCACAGCUCCCCCUCUGACCUGGAUGACCUCUGGAUGUCCCACGCUGACCCUGAGCAGCUGAAGACCCUGCUACAGCAUCACAGACAACUGGGACACCUGAGUAAAGAUACCGUUGUUGUCUCCAACAACAGUGUGGCAGACACCAUCUUGUCUACAUUGUCACUGACUCAAACCCACCACCCCAAGUCAAGUCUAGAUGGACAUGAAGGAUUGGAAGUGAGCACAGAGGGGAGAACAGCAGGAUGUGGCGAGGAGAAAGGGGAGCAGGGACUGUUGCAUAGUGAGGAGGAAGAACAAGACAAAGGAGGAGAGUUGCAUUGUGAAAAUACCUUGGAAGAUGACACAGACAGCGGUGAAGUAGGUGUGACAGAAGGAGGUGAGACAGGGGGAGGUGAAACAGGAGGUGGUGAGACAGGGGGAGGUGAGACAGGGGGAGGUGAGACAGGGGGAGGUGAAACAGGAGGUGGUGAGACAGGGGGAGGUGAGACAGGGGGAGGUGAGACAGGGGGAGGUGAGACAGGGGGAGGUGAGACAGGAGGUGGUGAGACAGGAGGUGAGACGGGGAGGUGAGACAGGAGGUGGUGAGACAGGAGGUGGUGAGACAGGGGGAGGUGAGACAGGGGGAGGUGAGACAGGAGGUGGUGAGACAGGAGGUGGUGAGACAGGGGGAGGUGAGACAGGAGGUGGUGAGACAGGGGGAGGUGAGACAGGAGGUGGUGAGACAGGGGGAGGUGAGACAGGAGGUGGGGAUGAAAGAGGACCGAAGGAUGGAAGGUGACGUAGCAAACAUUUACAUUUACGUCAUUUAGCAGACGCUCUUAUCCAGAGCGACUUACAAAUUGGUGCAUUCACCUUAUAGCCAGUGGGAUAACCACUUUACAAUAUGUUUAUUUUUAUUUUAUUUUUAUUUUUUGGGGGGUGGGGUAAGGGGGGGUAGAAGGAUUACUUUAUCCUAUCCCAGGUAUUCCUUAAAGAGGUGGGGUUUCAAGUGUCUCCGGAAGGUGGUGAGUGACUCCGCCGUCCUGGCGUCGUGAGGGAGCUUGUUCCACCAUUGGGGUGCCAGAGCAGCGAACAGUUUUGACUGUGCUGAGUGGGAACUGUGCUUCCGCAGAGGUAGGGGGGCCAGCAGGCCAGAGGUGGAUGAACGCAAUGCCCUCGUUUGGGUGUAGGGACUGAUCAGAGCCUGAAGGUAUGGAGGUGCCGUUCCCCUCACAGCUCCGUAGGCAAGCACCAUGGUCUUUUAGCAGAUGCGAGCUUCAACUGGAAGCCAGUGGAGUGUGCGGAGGAGCGGGGUGACGUGAGAGAACUUGGGAAGGUUGAACACCAGACGGGCUGCGGCAUUCUGGAUGAGUUGUAGGGGUUUAAUGGCACAGGUAGGGAGCCCAGCCAACAGCGAGUUGCAGUAAUCCAGACGGGAGAUGACAAGUGCCUGGAUUAGGACCUGUGCCGCUUCCUGUGUAAGGCAGGGUCGUACUCUCCGAAUGUUGUAGAGCAUAAACCUACAGGAUCGGGUCACCACCUUGAUGUUAGCGGAGAACGACAGGGUGUUGUCCAGGGUCACGCCAAUACUUUUUGCACUCUGGGAGGAGGACACAACGGAGUUGUCAACCGUGAUGGCGAGAUCAUGGAACGGGCAGUCCUUCCCCGGGAGGAAGAGUAGCUCCGUCUUGCCGAGGUUCAGCUUGAGGUGGUGAUCCGUCAUCCACACUGAUAUGUCUGCCAGACAUGCAGAGAUGCGAUUCGCCACCUGGUUAUCAGAAGGGGGAAAGGAGAAGAUUAGUUGUGUGUCGUCUGCGUAGCAAUGAUAGGAGAGGCCAUGUGAGGAUAUGACAGAGCCAAGUGACUUGGUGUAUAGCGAGAAUAGGAGAGGGCCUAGAACUGAGCCCUGGGGGACACCAGUGGUGAGAGCACGUGGUGCGGAGACAGAUUCUCACCACGCUACUUGGUAGGAGCGACCUGUCAGGUAGGAUGCAAUCCAAGAGUGAGCCGCGCCGGAGAUGCCCAACUCAGAGAGGGUGGAGAGGAGGAUCUGAUGGUUCACAGUAUCAAAGGCAGCAGACAGGUCUAGAAGGACAAGGGCAGAGGAGAGAGAGUUAGCUUUAGCAGUGCGGAGAGCCUUCGUGACACAGAGAAGAGCAGUCUCAGUUGAAUGACCAGUCUUGAAACCUGACUGGUUUGGAUCAAGAAGGUCAUUCUGAGAGAGAUAGCAAGAGAGUUGGCUAAAGACGGCACGCUCAAGAGUUUUGGAGAGAAAAGAAAGAAGGGAUACUGGUCUGUAGUUGUUGACAUCGGAGGGAUCGAGUGUAGGUUUUUUGAGAAGGGGUGCUACUCUCGCUCUCUUGAAGACGGAAGGGACAUAGCCAGUGGUCAAGAAUGAAUUGAUGAGCGAGGUGAGGUAAGGGAGAAGGUCUCCGGAAAUGGUCUGGAGAAGAGAGCAGGGGAUAGGGUCAAGCGGGCAGGUUGUUGGGCAGCCGGCCGUCACAAGUCGCAAUAUUUAAUCUGGAGAGAGAGGGGAGAAAGAAGUCAAAGCAUAGGGUAGGGCAGUGUGAGCAGGACCAGCAGUGUCAUUUGACUUAACAAACGAAGAUUGGAUGUCGUCAACCUUCUUUUCAAAAUGGUUGACGAAGUCAUCCACAGAGAGGGAGGAGGGGGGGGGGGGGGAGGAUUCAGCAGGGAGGAGAAGGUGGCAAAGAGCUUCCUAGGGUUAGAGGCAGAUGCUUGGAAUUUAGAGUGGUAGAAAGUGGCUUUAGCAGCAGAAACAGAGGAAUAAAAUGUAGAGAGGAGGGAGUGAAAAGAUGCCAGGUCUGCAGGGAGUCUAGUUUUCCUCCAUUUCCGCUCGGCUGCCCGGAGCCCUGUUCUGUGAGCUCGCAAUGAGUCGUCAAGCCACGGAGCAGGAGGGGAGGACCGAGCCGGCCGGGAGGAUAGGGGACAUAGAGAGUCAAAGGAUGCAGAAAGGGAGGAGAGGAGGGUUGAGGAGGCAGAAUCAGGAGAUUGGAGGGAGAAGGAUUGAGCAGAGGGAAGAGAUGAUAGGAUGGAAGAGGAGAGAGUAGAGGGAGAGAGAGAGCGAAGGUUGCAACGGCGCAUUACCAUCUGAGUAGGGGCAGAGUGAGUAGUGUUGGAGGAGAGCGAGAGAGAAAAGGAUACAAAGUAGUGGUCGGAGACAUGGAGGGGAGUUGCAGUGAGAUUAGUAGAAGAACAGCAUCUAGUAAAGAUGAGGUCAAGCGUAUUGCCUGCCUUGUGAGUAGGGGGGGACGGUGAGAGGGUAAGGUCAAAAGAGGAGAGGGGUGGAAAGAAGGAGGCAGAGAGAAAUGCGUCAAAGGUAGACGUAGGGAGGUUAAAGUCACCCAGAACUGUGAGGGGUGAGCCAUCCUCAGGAAAGGAACUUAUCAAGGCGUCAAGCUCAUUGAUGAACUUUCCAAGGGAACCUGGAGGGCGAUAAAUGAUAAGGAUGUUAAGCUUGAAUGGGCUAGUGACUGUGACAGCAUGGAAUUCAAAUGAGGAGAUAGACAGAUGGGUCAGGGGAAAAAGAGAGAAUGUCCACUUGGUAGAGAUGAGGAUUCCUGUGCCACCUCCCCGCUGACCAGAUGCUCUCGGGGUAUGCGAGAACACAUGGUCAGACGAGGAGAGAGCAGUAGGAGUAGCAAUGUUUUCAGUGGUAAUCCAUGUUUCCGUCAGCACCAAGAAGUGGAGGGACUGGAGGAUAGCAUAGGCUGAGAUGAACUCUGCCUUGUUGGCCGCAGAACGGCAGUUCCAGAGGCUGCCGGAGACCUGGAACUCCACGUGGGUCGUGCGCACAGGGACCACCAGGUUAGAGUGGCAGCACCCACACGGUGUGAGGCGUUUGUAUAGCCUGUGCGGAGAGGAGAGAACAGGGAUAGACAGACGCAUAGUUGACAGGCUACAGAAAAUGGCUACAAUAAUGCAAAGGAGAUCGGAUUGAAAUGAACUAAACAUCUGGGAAAGCGAGAGAGCGGGGCCUCCCUCACUUACGUUUCACUGAAACACCCAAAUAUAACUCUCCCAACUUCCACCUCAGAAACUAUAACUGUUGUAAACUUCAGCGGUUCAAUGUUUUCUAGGAAUAGACUAAUUUAGUUUAUUCAGCUAGCUAACUUGGUACAGUGUUCUUCUGUGAAAACCGUCCAGGGCACCGAAUCCUAUGACGCCACAGCCAACUAGCAUGCCAGCCUCCAACAACACGGUUUAGCACCAAUACUCGGCCACAACAAACCACCAGUGUGUCAACACGCCAAGCAGAUCAUUCAUGUCCGUGUCUAACGUUGUGGGUUAGUCCCGACAGCUUGAGCGAGUCCGUCGUCAACUUAUUCAACCAGUUAGUUAGCUAGAAUAGUUAGCAUACUAGCUAGCCAUUGCUUUCUGCCAACAAAUAAAAAAAACUCCUCCCACGGCACGAACACACAGGUCAACAGCAACAAAGAGUGACUUCCUCACCAUCAGUGACCUCCUCUCUGAGUGAACACGAGGACUCAGGAGGACAGACUAGGGUCUUGUCCUCUCAGGUCUUCUCCUGGCCCCAGUGCACAUUCUCCCAUGGAGACAUGGUGGAGUUCAACAAGCACUUCUGGAAGAAACAAGAAACACCCACAGAGGAAGAGCUCCUCAGCCAAGAAGUACACCUGCUUUAAAUGUGGGAAGGUUUUCAAAGGCCCAGCACACCUGAAGCGACAUCAGAGCAUUCACACAGUAGCAUGGUCCUUCCACUGUGACCAGUGUGAUAAAAAUGCUAAAUCAAAAGGCGGUCUAAGAGUGCACCAACGACAUCACGCGGGGCAGUCAUUUCUGUGUAGCGUAUGUGGGAAGGCUUUCAAAGGCCCAGCACACCUGAAGCGACUUCAGAGCGUUCACACAGUUGUGCACCCCUUCCACUGUGAACAGUGUGAUAAGUGAUUUAAAUCAAAAGACGGUCUAAGAUUGCACCAACGACAUCAUGCGGGGAAAAGGCCACAUGUAUGUCCACAGUGUGGCAAGGGUUACACUGCUGCACAGGUCUUAAAAAUACACCUGCGCAUUCACAGUGGGGAACGACCUUACAGGUGCUCUGUCUGUGGGAAGAGGUUCAUUUAGAAGAAUCCAUUGGUUCGACACCUCAUGAUGCACAAAGGGGAGAAGUCGUUCCUGUGUAGCGUAUGUGGAAAGGCUUUUCUAGUGUCCGGGGAGCUGCACAGGCACAAGCGUUAUCAGACAGGGAAAUGACCUUUCAUUUGUACACACUGUGGAAAAGCUUUCAUCACGUCCAUGGCUGUCAAAGUACAUGAGCGAUGGCACACAGGUGAGAACCCGUUCGCCUUCUCUGUGUGCCCAAUGCGGUUCGGCUCCGGAACUGGCCUUCAGAGACACAGGUUUGUUCAUAAUGAUGAGAAGCCCUAUCUUUGCUUCAAGUGUGGGAAGGGUUUUACUCAAAGGUCCAAUAUGAGAAUACAUUUAAAACUCAUCAGAAAUAAUCUAAUACUUGGAGCUAUAUUGCUGUCAUUCAUUUUUGUCUGACUAAAGUGACUUUUGUUUAUUUAUUUUGUAUUUAAUUCACAGAGAUUGAAUUAA